AUGCAGAAGUCUUUGAAGAAAGUUUUAAGCGCUGUCCAGGCUAGACCAGUUGCCCAUUCUACCAUCCGCCGAUCGCCAAUUCCAUCUGGAAUCAAAAUCCAGCAAAUGUUCCGCGCAAUGUCCACUCAAAUGACUCCAGGAAAACUCACCGACUUCCAAGGAGAAGAGUUCGACGAGGAAGCCUUCCAUCUUUCCGAGGAAUAA